UAUCUAUUGUGUUUUCAGAGGCAAGUUAAGCAGUGGCUCAUACUGCGACCGACUGCUGGAAGGCUGCUCCAGAAGGUUGUGCCGCAUCCAGUCCCCCAACUACCCGGGGAUAUAUCCCAGGAACGUCAGCUGCCACUACAGAGUUCGGGAGCGGAACGUUCCCCCGGGAAAGCACGCCCUAAUUGCCGUCAGGCAAGCCAAUUUUCAUUACAAGGAGCAUGUGAGCAAGUUUGAUAACAGCGACAGGGUCUUGAGAAUAUGGGAUCAGUGCAAUAUGAUGCAAGAUUUCAUCGAAAUACUGGAUGGUUGGGGCCCCUCGGCCACAACUUUGGCGCAUUUGUGUAGUGGUGAAACGAUUCCGGAAAUUAUUAGCAGCGGGCCGGAACUACUAGUGAAGUUCCAUACUUCGCCCUACGGCAAUCCUUUUCACCCUCUGCCGUUGUCCUAUUUGCCUGGUUUUGAACUAGAAAUAGAGAUCUUCUAUGUCAACAAAGAAUCUCCAACCUACAUAGAACACGGGAAGAAAUGCGAAUUUCUAGUAACUACUUUCGAUAAUACCACAGGGUUAUUAGAGAGUCCGUUGCAUUCUUUACCUCCAAACACUACAUGUCACUACCACUUCCGGGGGCAACCAAAAGACAUAAUCUGGAUCUCUUUCAUCAAAUACCACGUGACAAACGAGAGACUUACCGACUUCAAUGCGGGAGACUGUGACGUACAGUUACAAAUAUGGGACGGCGACAUAAAAAGCAGAAACACGGUUCCACUUAUAGGUCAGUUUUGUAAGGACGACAAACCAAAGUUGUGCGACCACACCUUGCUGAAAAAUUCUUCUAGACUAACUAGACCUUGCGGUCUAGCAGAAAGCUACGUUAGUACCAACUCUGACCUAACUAUAUCUCACUCUAUUAAGUAUGGCAGCGUUUUGUAUCCUGUCAACUUUGUCUUGAAGUACGAAUUCGUUGAUUUAUCCCAAGAAGGAGUUCAGAUGUCCAGAAAUCCUUGCGAUAGGCUCUUUAAAACGUCAAGUGGUAGAUUUUAUUCGCCCCGAAUCACCUUCCUCUUUGGAAGGGGUGGUCAAAAAGACUUAAUUUGUACAUAUCAGUUUGAAUCCAAUGACCAUCAGAGAUUGAAGAUUACUUUCAAUAAAGCUCAGUUCGGAUCGAAGGAAUGCUAUUCAUCUUACGACCCUGAAGCUAACAGAUGGGAAUGUAAUGCCAAGUUGGAAGAAGACGGAAUAGCUAACAUAAAGAUAUCAGAGUAUCCAUGGGUGGAUGUUGAGAUUAAAAGAGAUUGCUUGUGUGGGAAUAUCACAGAACCGUUCACUGUAGUUACAAAAACGUCCAAUAAGGUGGUUGUCAAGUUUACUGCUACAAAAAUGAAGAUUACUGAAGAUCAUAACAAUUAUUUCUUCGACGCUACCUUCGAAUUUAUUCCAAACGAAAAAAAUUGCCUCAAUCCAUGGAAAACGAGAAGAUUACGAGGAUCUAGUGGUGAAAUAACAGUAAGGAACAGCGAUCAGAGCUUGAAAACAAACGAGGAAGGACAUCAAAAUCAAAGCAUAAGAUACUGUUUGCAGCAGCCUUGGUUGAUAGAACCCGAGGAAGAUGGAAAUUUCAUUUAUUUAAAAAUCAAGGGAUCUGAAAGGAGAGAUUCCAGGCUUUGUCCUAGUAAAAAUCGCAUUUUGGUAUACCCCGCCGGCCGUACUGAAGAAGUGCACGUUAUUUGUCCUCAUUAUGAAAGCGUAGACGAUGUUGUUGAAAUGUUCUCCGAGGGAUGGAGCCUGUAUAGUUACAGGAAAAUACAGAAUAAGAAUUCUAGGAGUUUUAUAAUUGAGUUUUUGAGGAAAGAGACUGGGAAUUUUGCCGUCACAUGGAUGGAGGUCUCUAAAAAUCCUGCCCUCGCGUUGCCUACGUCCUUGUUAAUGAUUGCGCCACCCGAGUGUGCUCACAGCUGUCCCGAGUUGGGGGCCUGCAUAAGUUCCGAACUUUGGUGUGACGGCCUACGACACUGUCCCUCGGGCAACGACGAGCAGGAAUCCAAUUGUUCCAUUCACGGAGGCUUCUCCACGGUCUAUUUGAACUCCGCUGCGCUGUCGGCGGUCGGGCUGGUAGUCCUGAUAUUCGUCGUCGUUAUAUCCUUUUACAUAUUCAAGCACUGGCGGCAGGACCAGAAGAAUGUCAUCGUAUCAGUAACCGAACACACUUUUUUAGAGUUUAAGAGUGGCUUGUGUUGA